GACGUCUAGCUCUAAGAGAUUUGUUGAAUUAGUUAAGGUUGAUUGGAGCUGCUUGUUUCUUUAAUCAAGUAUAGGUUUAAACACGUAACAAUUCAUUUUGUAAUUAAUUUAAUAAUACAGUUACGUUUUACAAAUAAUGUCCAAAGAUAAUGUCAAUUUUGUAUACUAAUGAGAAACUUUAGGAAAAUGGUUUCUUAUUACAAGCUAACCCCUAUUAAGCUUGGUUGUGAAGUUAGAGGAAUAAAUUUAAAAAUAGAGAAUCGGAAAGAAGUUAUUGAAAAGAUAAAGGAAGAUGUAACGAAACACCGUCUGCUGAUCUUCAAGGGCCAAGGUGAUAUCACUGGUUAUCGACAGGUGCAAAUCAGUAAGUGGUUUGGAGAUCUAGAAGUUACAUUCUACCAGCAUGAACGAUCCCCUCAUCCUCAAGUGUUUCGUGUGUCCAACGAUCCUACUGAAGGGUGUACAGGUGUGGGGCGAACUGGGUGGCAUAUUGAUGGGACGUUCCAGCCCGCACCAUAUGCCUACUCACUGUACUACAUGGCCAGUGUACCUAAGGAAGGUGCCACGGUGUUUGCGCCCCUCACUGAAGUCAUAGAGGGUCUCUCGCCCGAGAAGUACGCAGAGUGGGAUCGACUGUGGAUGGCUAGUGAUCGAAGAGCUGGUCCAGUACACCCACUGAUAUAUACUCAUCCAAGAUCAAAGAAAAAGGUACUUUGCUUUCACCUCGGCAUGACAAGUGAUUUCAUCUAUGACUAUGGCAACCCUGGAGAACGUCUUGCCACCCCUCAGGAGUUUACACGGAUACUUAAUGAAAUUCACCAUGAGUUUGUGAAAGACAAUGGCAAGAUACAGUACAAACACAAUUGGGAGGAAGGUGACUUCAUCAUAUCAGACAACUGUGCAGUAGCUCACGAGGCGAGCCCAGAGACGCAAGCUCCUCCGUCACAAGUGGGGCUCAGAGUUCUGCAUCGAACGACUGUUCACAACCCAAUACCUCCAGCCAAGACUUGAUUACUUCAAAACUCUUGAUGCCUUACUAAAUACUGUAUUUUGAGAUUGUUUGAUAAAAGUUAAAGUAUUUACUGUGGAUUACCUAAAUUCUUUGAUUUAUAAGAGUAAUCAUUAAAAAUCAGCUUCAAAUUAAUGUAAAGAAUGUAAGUUUUAACUAAUAGUCUUGAGUGUGAUGUAAUUGAUCAAUAUUACAAAUACUUAUUGCAAACCGCUUGUAAAUAAAGUAAACUGUUUCCUUUAUUGUGAUGGAUGAAAAUGUGCAGAACUAUAGUGAGAAUUUGACUGUUAAACAUAGAUUUAAAAGUAUUAUUUUUAGACUACUGUUUUUUCAUGUUGUCUUUCAAUAAAUAAUUGAUUUAUUAUUAUUA